UUAUUCCCUUAUUUUUGAAGAGGACAGACCUGGCACAGAACAGAAAAUUCAAAGAAUCUACGAAUAUACAGAGAGAGUGGGUCUCCUCCCAGCCUGCCCUCCAGCCAUGAGUGCAAAUGGGAACUGAAAUCCCUGCCCCGCCCCACCCCACAGCAUCCCCCAUUCCCCGCUGCCUGGAAAAAGUGCAUUUUCCUGAUGUGUCCAGAGGCACCAUAUGGGCUAGCAGGUUUGAAGUGAGGUGGGUCUUAAAGAAGUGAGGAGAGUGGGAGUCUUAAAAUGAAUUGAUCUUUUUUCUCCUCUGACCAUCUCCUCAUCCCUACUUUGCCGGAAUGUCUGUGGUGUCAGAGAGAAAGAUGAGAACCCGCCAGGUACUCGCCUUCCUCUUGCUCUUUGUGAUCGCCUCCGGGGCCUCUGAGAACGCCAGCACGUCCCGGGGCUGUGGGCUGGACCUCCUCCCUCAGUACGUGUCCCUGUGCGACCUGGACACCAUCUGGGGCAUCGUGGUGGAGGCAGUGGCCGGGGCGGGCGCCCUGAUCACGCUGCUCCUGAUGCUUAUCCUGCUGGUGCGGCUGCCAUUUGUUAAGGACAAGGAGAAGAAGGACCCUGUGGGCCUCCACUUCCUCUUCCUCAUGGGCACCCUGGGCCUCUUUGGGCUGACGUUCGCCUUCAUCAUCCGGGAGGAUGAGACCAUCUGCUCAGUCCGCCGGUUCCUCUGGGGCGUCCUCUUCGCGCUCUGCUUCUCUUGCCUGCUGAGCCAGGCGUGGCGCGUGCGGAGCCUGGUGCGCCACGGCAAGAGCCCUUCGGGCUGGCAGCUGGUGGGUCUGGCGCUGUGCCUGAUGCUGGUGCAGGUCAUCAUCGCCAUCGAGUGGCUGGUGCUGACCGUGUUGCGGGACGCGAAGCCAGCCUGCACCUACGAGUCCAUGGACUUUGUGAUGGCCCUCAUCUACGACAUGAUUCUGCUCGUGGCCACCCUGGGGCUGGCCCUCUUCACGCUGUGCGGCAAGUUCAAGAAGUGGAAGCAGAAUGGAGCCUGCAUCCUGGUCACAGCCUUCCUCUCUGUGCUCAUCUGGGUGGCCUGGAUGACCAUGUACCUCUUUGGCAACACCAGGCUGCAGCAGGGAGAAGCCUGGGGUGACCCCACCUUGGCCAUUACACUGGUGGCCAGUGGCUGGGUCUUCGUCAUCUUCCACGCCAUCCCUGAGAUCCAUUGCACCAUUCUGCCGGCCCCGCAGGAGAACACACCCAACUACUUUGACACAUCCCAGCCGAGGAUGCGGGAGACGGCGUUUGAGGAGGAUGUGCAGCUACCGCGGACCUAUAUGGAGAACAAGGCCUUCUCGAUGGAUGAACACAAUGCAGCUCUGAGAACGGCAGGAUUUCGCAAUGGCAGCUUGGGAAACAGACCCAGCGCUCCGUUCAGAAGCAAUGUGUAUCAGCCAACUGAGAUGGCUGUUGUACUCAACGGUGGGACUAUCCCAACCGCUCCGCCAAGUUACACUGGAAGACACCUCUGGUGAAAGACUUUAAGUUCCAGAGAAUAAGAAUCUCUCUUACUGAUUUUAUUCCCUGGCUGUGUCUUUCUUGAGGGAGAAAUCAGUUAACAGUAGCUGAACAAGGCCGCCUCACAGCCAGGGGAUUUGAAAAUCCUAGACAAUGGGAUUUUGUGUACAUGUGAACACUGCUGAACCGAAAAGCUAACACCAACUGCCCUCCGCUCCCCUGCCACACACACACACACACAACCACGUAAUACCAAACCAACCUCAGUCCCUGCAGACUAAAGCAAAGCUAAUUGCAAAUAGUAUUAGGCUCACUCCAAAAGGUGGCUGGGAAGACUUGUUUUGUCCUUUGGGGGUGGAACAGAACCCGAUUUGCAGCUGGUGGGCCGGGCUGGUGUUGGAGGAAAAUGGAGGUCCCCCACUGUAGCCCUUCCCCAGGAAGUGCUGGGCCCCUUGGUUCAGUAAGGUGGCCUCUCGGAGGAGGCCAAAUGGGGACUUUUCCACUGGCUUGCCUGUUGAUUUGCACAUUUCAAGGGGGGCUCAGGAACAGUUAAGGGGAUUGUAGUUGUGAUUCCAAGGUGAGGCCCCACUGAGUUGUGGGGUGAGCUUUAUAACCAGUAGUGGUAGAGGGGCCCUGGCAUGUGCCAAAGAAGAGAAGGCUAUCUGGGAACUGAAGUGACCAUCACAUUUAGAAAGUGGUGACCAACCACUGUUCUUUCUAUGGGCUUCUGGCUCUGGGCCUCGGGCGGGAAAGCAAGGCUGCCUGCCCCCAGGAACUUGGAGCAGCUCUCCUCUUCCCUUGCCCUCCCCUCCCGAUUCCAGUGCUCCUCCAGGCCCUUUUCCCAGUCUUACUCCCAUGUUCAUUUCGAAAGCUCUAAUGGGGCCACCACAGCUUAAAGCCCCCUGGGUUGGCAGGCUGGAAAGCAGGUGCCAAGCAGAGUUUCCAUGAUGAUGGCACAUGGCAGGGCACCCCAGCAGGGCCCUCCAGGCUGGAGAGAUGACACUCUGAUGCCUGGUGUGUGGUGGGUAGUCAAAGUCCCCGGGGUGGGGGGUGGGAGCAGCGUGGCAUGCACACGCGAGGGUUUUUUGCUGCUCCUGGAGGGUGUGUGGGACAUUUGUGACCUAGUUUUCUGCAAGCUCCAUGGAAAUGGUUUUCUUCCAAGCCCAUUGUCUCUGUCACGGUUUCCAUCAUCGUUUCCAAAAAUCAUACCUUUGUUAUUGUUAUUUGGCAUUUCAAACAUCUUGGCCAUUAAAAGCCCCAUGUUCUCUGCACUGUUUGGCCAGCAUAAUCGAUAGCAAUGAAUUCCAAGCAAAGAGUUAACCUGACGGCAUGGAAUGUAGAAAUGAGGGUGGAUCUUUUUGCAUAUACUCUAAUCACAAUAUCGCUUUUUUCUAUCAAACAACCCAUAAGCCUUUAUCCUUUAAAGAGAAUGAAAAAGGUUAGUGUUUGGGGGGAGCUGACCUGACCUCUUUAUAAGCCAAUAUGUCUGAGCUGAGUAUGUUCUAAUAAACCUUUCUGAUUUUUCUCAAGGCCCUAGUCUCUGCUGUGUCCCGUCCUCACCACCCCCACCCCCAUCCCUGCACAGCACUGGGGUCAACAAAGCCAGUCUGGCCAUCCCUAUGCGGCCCUCCAAGUUUCCCCCCUGACUCGUGCAUUUCCUUGGGUCACCAUGCAUGGGGAAGGGAAAGCAUGCACCAGAAUGCUGCCCCUACCUGACCUUUGGGAGGCCGCCCCACCUGUCCCUGCCCAGAGCAUGUGCUUGCUUCUAGAGAAUCAGAUUCCCAUCCUCUGUGUGAGGAGCAUCAUUGGGUGCCCUGAAAACUUGGAGAAGUGGGGAGGGGUGGGAGAGAAAGAAGCUAGGACCUGGGGUGGGGGUGGUGCAGUUGCAUGUAGAACCCAGCAUUGUGAAAACACAGAAAUCUCCAAACAUCUUGGGCCAGUCCAGUGAAAAACGACAGCAUUACACAUUCUCGUGCCAGGAAAUGGUGGCUCACCCCCGUUCUCUGGAGUCCUUUGGAGCUCUCUGAUCUCACCUGGGUCUGCAAGAGCCCUCCCUUGCAGAAGGGAGCAAGUCACAUGACCAUUUUCUCUCUCAAUUCUUGGUGGUCCCGGCGUGUAAGGUGAGCACUGCAUGAAAGGCCACAAGUGGGAAGUGAUGUUUUGCCACCAGGAAAAUGGGACCAGCUUUGAGCCACCAGAAACCUCACUUAAAUGAGACCUUUACUUCUUUUCUCUUUUUAAAUCUCUGAUACGUAAUUGCGCUUCUGGGUUUUGCUUUAUUUUGGCUUUAAGUUCAAGAGUGGGUGGAAAGCCCUUCCAAUGGGGUGAAGGUGGGAGCCAAGGGAGAGGGCAGAGCCUGUUAUUUUUCUAAUGACUUCACCUGAAGGGUACAAAGAGACAUCUUUCCCAAGAGACUGGCCACCAGCUUCCCCCACGGAGCAAUUUAAAUGCAAAAUCAAAUGGCACCUCUGUUUAAGAUCUAUUUAUGUAAACAUGGCUUGUCGGUCGUUGGGGGGAGGAAAUGACCUGGAAGGAGAGCAUCUGUGAUCAAAAUAUCUAAUUGUAAGCACAAAUCUUUCCCAUGUCCGGUUGUUAAAACUCACUUUGGGACUAUAACAGCCACUUUUGUCUCCCCUUUUAGUAGAAAAUGGUGAUUCUAUUCCUGUAUUGCCCUGCUGGAGAUGUAGGGUGGGAAAUGAGAGAAUCACCCGGGAGAAUGGACAGCCUGGGGUGUUCUCUGCAUCUCGAGGGUUUCAGAUCGGGCUGUUGAAAGCUGGGCAUCUGGUACUUUCAGCACGGAGUCUGUCAGGGCCACUGAGAACCACCACGUUGGGGUGGCCUUCUGUCUUCUACAUUGGCCAAGGCUGAGUCAGGUCCCAAGAGGAAAGGGAGCAUUGUGGCUUUUAUAAUCCAAUGAUGCGAUGAUUAUACCAGCUUACAGGAGUUCUCAGCAGGUGCUUUUUGUUAAUUGAUAAAGAGCUAAGGCUCGUUUUUGAUAGAUAAUAUAUAUUUAUUAAAUGUAUUAAUGUAUGUUUUAUAAUGUAUCUUUAUCCUCCCCUGGCUGACUGUUGCAUACUUAAAAAAGAAACUGUUAAGGAAAUUUCAAGACAAUCAAUAUGUACCAUAAAUGGCUGUAUAUAAAUGUCACAAAUUUAAAAGGUUGUAAAGCAUGGGCAGAUAGGUUUUAUUUUCAAAAUGCUGUUCUUAACACAAAAAUAAAGGCUUUACUAUUUA